CACGUCAACAGUUGGGAAAGGUUUGCUGCGCCAUGUGAGCGCAUUUGAGUAGCGUGCCAUCCGGCUACAGAACAUACAUAUAUAUACAUACAAUAUAUGUCCAUUUAGGGCAAUACAAUCGAAAGUAACCUAGAAUUUGAAGUGUACCAGGACAACAGUAUACAGUAAGGAUGCAGCGAGAACAGCUGAUGGCUACCCAAACUAAGUUCCUCUAAAACCAAACGAUUAAUGAUGUAAAGGUGGUUUGUUUAGAUUAAUCAUGUGGAGAAGAUCUCUGAGCGCAGGCUACAGAUGCUUUGGCUGCAGGAGUGUUGGACCAAAGUUGUCUUACUGAAUAUGGGUCUGGCAGUGGCAGCACAGUUUCAAAUUGUUUCUGGACAAAAGGGACUUUGGGGCUCCCAUGCAGUGCAUUCAUGCAGCGCUCCAGCCUUACCUGCAGGAGGUAUCACAGCACUUGAAGCGGUGAAUUUAUGGAAGAGACACUUUGCGGAGAGAGGUGUGACAGAGCCGGACCACUCUAGCCAUUACAUCAUUGCUUAUCUGUUUGGGGCUAAAACUCUAGAAAGUCUUGAUCAGAGGAGGUUAACAGAGUUUCUCAGCCCAGAAAAAACAGAGCAGAUGUGGAAGCUCUGCUCUAGACGCCUAUCCAGAAUGCCUGUGCAGUAUGUGAUUGAGGAGUGGGACUUCAGAGAUCUGACACUGAAGAUGAGACCUCCUGUGUUCAUACCAAGACCUGAAACCGAGGAGUUGGUUGAACUUGUGCUCACUGAUCUGGAGAUGAAGCUGGGGACUGGAGCCGGUGCAGACACCCAGCAUACAUGCUUGGAAGUGGGAUGCGGCUCUGGUGCCAUUUCUCUUAGUCUGCUGAAGAGUCUGCCUCAGCUCAAAGCCAUUGCCCUGGAUCAAAGCCAGGAUGCAGUGGAUUUAACAGGGGAGAAUGCGUUAAGGUUGGGGCUUCAGGACAGAUUACAGAUUCAUCAUAUAGAUGUAAUGAAAGAUGCAGAAACUCUGUUGAAGCUCUUUAGCGAUGUCUCAGCUUUGGUCAGUAACCCCCCGUACCUGUUCUCAGAGGAUAUGACGACGUUGGAACCUGAAAUAUUUCAAUUUGAAGACCACGCUGCUUUAGAUGGAGGUAAAGAUGGCCUAAAAGUGAUCAAACAGAUUUUGACUCUGGCUCCACAGAUCCUAUUAAACCAUGGCCGUGUUUACUUGGAGGUGGACCCCAGACACCCCCUGCUCAUUCAACGCUGGGUGGAGGCGAAUGUGGAAGAGAUGCAUUAUGUGGAGACACGACACGACAUCACCGGCAGGCCACGGUUCUGCAUCCUUCGUAAAGAGAAGUCAAACAAGGAACACAAGCUGGAUUUGGAUUGAGAAACUGAGAUCCUAUUACGCUGGCUUUAGCCCAUGUCGCCACAGCCUCAGCUCCCCUACCCCCACUGAGCCGCCCAGCACGCACUCGCACUGAUUGGCUCACUCAAAAUUGAGAAUUUGCAGAAGCUCAAAUCAUAUUCAUGUCACUGUUGCACUUUUAAUCUGCUAACAUUUGUGAUCGUAUUUUCACACAAUAGCAAAUGUGUGCGAGAUGGCUAUAAAGCAGGCUCAAAGCUGAAGGUAAUUACUGAGACUUUUCUUAGAACCCUCCCUCUCAGAAUCUCACCCUCCUCCCAGGAAGCAUUCAGUAGUUCUGUGAAUCUGCUGAUGAACAGUCCUCCCCUUCGCUUGUUCACUCGCUGACUCAGAUGCUGUACGCAUUGUUGAGCAAAAACAUGCACGCAGGCACACACACACACACACACACACACACACACAAUGUGGCCUUUACUUCCUCACACAAUCUGCGUCCCUCACACACUUAAAGCUCAAAGGCCACAAAGUCUUUGUGUUUCAAAGGUGAUUUGAAGUUGAAAAUAUUUCGUAACAACUGUACCCUGUGAGUAAUACUGGCAUUUUAAGAGAAAUUGAUUGAAAGGACAGCAAGUUAGACUCUAAUUGGUUAUUUUAAUAGAAAAAUGUACAUAUGUAAAAGGUAGAAAAAAUGUUUUACUGAGAAAAAUAAAAAGGCGCAAAAGAUAUCUCAAUGGAAUCAGUGUACUUCUUAGGAACAGUAUGUACAUCCAGAACUGAUGAGG